AUGGGUUCAGUCCCGCCGUUGCGAAUCAACAAAAACACUACGCCCGGCUCCAGUCCGGUCAAGAUGCUCGGCCAGGCGACCAGCAGGCCGCUCGCCGAGAUUGGCAGUACGGAGCGUAGGAGGAACAGUCCCAGUUACAUUCAGGCCACAAAGAAGAUGAUUGUCACCACCGAGUCCUCCCCAUACACCGAAAACUCCUCUCCGCCAUCCUUCGCCAAACCCUCUCCGCGCGGCUUCUGGGCAAAUCGAGACACCAAGUCGCCCUCCCGUUUCGACAGCGAGAACUCGCCUGCCGCCGAUGCUUCGCCAGUCUUUGCCUCUCCCAAGCGCCGCCCCAGCGUGGAGCGGCUCAUGCAAUCCAGCCCUGUGAGAAAAAGUCACAUCUUCGCCCUCGAAUCGAAAGAUGCCUACGAUCCCAGCACUCUUCCCAAGGUCGAGCGUCCUGCCCCCCGCCCACUCAGUCAGUCGGUCGCAAAUAACACCUUCGCCCGCUUCGACUCGCAAAUGAAGGAGAACACGCCUCUCUCUUCUCCACAGCGCUUUGGCCACAGGCGCAAUCAAAGCCAGACCGAACUCCCGGUCUUGACCCCCUCCAAGUCUCCUGGUAUUGCAGCUCUCUCUGCAUCACUUGAGGGAGAGCAGCAAAGCCCGCUGUCGCCCACAAAGUCCUCACUGGCGCGAAACAGCAAGUUCGGCGGCUAUUCGCAGCCCGCAGUCGAGGACGAUUGGAGUGAUGGGGGACGUGCCACAACCCCCCGGGCGCUGAACAUGCAGAGGAAAAGUGUAACCUUCCAUCAUGACCCCCCAGUCGUCAACGAGUAUGAGGAGCAGACCCCCGAGCCGUCUCUCUCUAUCGCUUCCGACCGCGAAGGCAGCUGGGAGUCGGACGACUUGGACGAUCGUGACAUCCACUACGACCGCGGAAGCUCGGCAGACGUCGAGCACCACCGCGAAGACAGCUUUGAUGCCGACCUCGAAAAUUCAGACAAGACACCCGUCGUCUUACCGGAAGACUGGAGCCGGAUGAGCCCCGACGAAGCCCGGACGGAUCUCGCAGAUCAGAAGGAUGAUGUGUUUGAAGAUCACGCACGCUCGAAUAGCAAUGGUCGUGUAGCUUCCGACGGUGAGGCGAGACCACUGCCUCCCCUUCCAGCCUUCAUGCAGCGCGAAAGAAGCGGUUCGGACCUGUUGGCAUCAGCGGCUGAGCGUGCUUCGAAUGCCGUACGAGGACCACCCUCUCCGCCCAAGCGCGCCUCAUGCAGCAAGGAUGACAUCCUCCAGAUGAUUGCCAAAUCCUCCCCUGCCACGCAGAAGCCAUCGCAAGAGGACGAAGAGGGUCACGAGGCAUUGAUCGUCACCAAUCUUGACACCGGAGAGAAGGUGCAAGUCGAGGUCCACGAGGCAGCGGUCGAGGAAGACUCUGUGAUUGCUGACCUCGCCGAUUUCGCCAAAGCGCCGCCUCGCAUUUCCCGUGAAUCCAUUCUGAGGAGCGUUAGGAAUUCGAAAUACGAUUUCGAAGACUUUGACGACGAAGAUGAUGCCGAUGAGUCUCAAAUCAACCUCGAUGAUGCCGACAUACUGCGCCCAUCGAUCGCCGAACUCGCGAGGAUGGAUCCCGACCAACCCAUUCCAUCCCGUGAGAGCAGUCGCGAAAUCAGCGUGUCUUACCCUUUGGCCCAUGGCUCGACAACUCAUCAACCGCCUGCAAGCGACGUCCCGAUUAAGGAGGAGCCCACUGAGGACAACGAUAUCGACAUGAGUUCCAUCCCGGCCUCGAUAGUGGGUGGUCUGGAUCGUCAAUCCUCUGUUCUGCACCACCGUGCGGCAUCGCUCAGCGGGGACGAAGAUGAGGCGGACACUGCUUCCCGCUACUCUUCCCUGGAUCCGCCAGACGCAGAGAGCAGCAUGAUUCACACGCGUCGCGAGAUAGUCGAGCAUGAAGACGGGAAAGAGACCCUGACCGACGCAAUGGAAUUGUUGACCGUCAAGGAUUACAGUGCUCGCGUGCAAGCGAAGCAAGGGACUCGCGCGGACGACUUCCUUGGACUGCCCGCCUACUUGAGCAUGGACGACUUCGACUUUGGAAUGAAAGACUACAUCACUCCCUCUCCGCCGUCCGGAACGACCACGUCCAAGAAGGCCGAAGAGCAACAGCUGUUUGUGCAGACCAUGCCACAGCUACAGCCGCCGCUUGAAUUCAAAACACGCGAUGCCGUCUCCACUGCCUGGUCGCCGCGUGCGGAACCAGAAGUCUCGCCGCCUAGCACCCCCGAUGCUGUCAUCAAGCACGAUGACGGUAUUGUGUCGCCUCUUGACGGCCUGAAUGGCUUUGCAAGCAUGCAUGUACCGCGCGAGUCCCCUGUUCCCGAAAGAGUUGCAUCGAUCAAGACACCCGGCGGCAAGCUGAAGGCCAGACCUUCCGCUACGCCUGCCGAUCUGGCUGGCAUGGCGGAGCAGCGGAGAAUGGUGAGCGAGGAGCCACCCGUACCCGCUGUUCCCUCUGUUUAUCAGACGAUGGAAGAUACCACCAUUGGUGCCGAGGAUGAUGCCAGCAGCUCUGUGUACUCCAACGAUGAAGUGGUGGAAGCCCUCAAGCAGCCAGUCGAGCAGUCAGAGAAGCCGGCUCGACGAAAGAAUCGCAAGAGUGGUGGCAGAAUGGACCUCAGCCUUCUUGAUACGUCUACCUUCAGCCUUGGCGGAGGGGAUGACGGAUUGGGCCUGGAUGAGGAUUUUGACAGGAUCAGUGAGGCUCAGAAGGUUAGCAGUGCACCCUUUCCUCCUCCUGCACAUGCGAGGUUCGAUCCGCAACGGUCGAUGCUACCGCAGGCGCAGUCCGUUGUUUCAUACGGCACCCCAAUUUCCCCUUACAGACCGCAUCCUUACAGCAGCGCUGGUACUGACUUGUAUACUCGCACACAGAAGGGCUAUCUCAUGCGCGAAAACACAAAGGUCGUCAUCGCCACCACCAGGGACUUUUCUGGUGACAGCAACGGCACCGCCGAGUCUGGUUCGACCAUAAGGGGUAGCGACAACGCUCAUCAGCCCCAAUCCCCGACCUCCGAAACACCCAAAGCAUCGAGGACAGCGAAAAAGGACAACUCGAGUCCGAGGAAGGCGAGCGCGGAGCAGUUCUUGAAGACUGAGCCUUGGAACGGGAAGGUGAGGAGGAAGAGUGUGAGGCUUGCGAGUGCGCAGCAAGCGGCCCACCUGACCGAUGUCGCUCCUCCGCUACCUGGGCAAGAGAGUGCGCUGGGUGUUGUCGACGAAGACUAUGCCGCUGGCUCCAGCAACCUCGAAGAUGAUGUGGGUGAAGGGGUGGAAAGAGGAAGACUGUUCGUCAAGGUGGUGGGUGUGAAUGAUCUGGCGCUGCCACUGCCGAGGAACGACCGAGUUUACUUCCAAUUGACCUUGGACAAUGGCCUGCACUGCGUAACGACCUCGAGUCUGGAACUCGGGACUAGCGCACCCAUCGGGCAGGAGUUUGAAUUGGUGGUAUUGAACGACCUGGAGUUCCAAUUGACGCUUACCACGAAGCUCCCGCCUCCGCCACCAGUACAGACACCGCCAUCAUCCAGUGGCUGGCCGACGAAAUCCCCAACAAAGCAGAAGACCUCCGGAUUUGCAAGGUUCUUGUCAUCGCCGAAGAAGCGCGCGGAGAAGGAGCGCCAGGAGCGCGAAGCCGCCGAGGCCGAAGAGCGGAGACUGCAAGAAGACUUCUACCGGAAGCGUGCGUCGGUAGCACCAACUGCAUGGGACCUACUGCGCGACCUGGUCAAUGAGUCCGACGGCUCCUUUGCUCGGGCGUACGUCAACUUGAAAGCCCACGAAAAGCAGUGCUUCGGGCGACAACUUACGGUCGAUGUACCCUGCUACAACGAAUGGGCUUUGGAGAAGGAUGUGCAGGUCGUCAACAGCGUGCGCAACAAGCGUGGCACGCUGUCGGGCCCGGUCAGGCUGCCUCCAUAUGUCAUUGGCCAGCUGCGUCUGCAGUUGCUGUACGUCCCCAAGCCCAAGGGUGCAACAGACGAUGACAUGCCGAAGAGCAUGAGCGCGGCGGUCCGAGAGAUGAAGAAGGCGGGAGAGUCGAGCGAGGUGGUGCACGAAGGCCAUUUGAGUCAGCAAGGUGGUGAUUGCACGCAUUGGCGACGACGUUUCUUCCGACUGCAAGGAUCGAAGCUCACCGCCUACCACGAGCACACGCAGCAGAAGCGUGCCGUCAUCAACCUCACCAGAGCGUCGCGACUAGUCGAUGGUAAGCGCAUGCUCACCGCCGACCCAUCUCCCGCCAAGGCAGGCAAAGGCCGGCGCAAGUCCGCCUUCGCCGAGGAAGACGAAGCAUACCAAUAUGUGGAGGAAGGAUUCCGCAUGCGCUUCGCCAACGGCGAGACCAUCGACUUUUACGCCGAGAGUCGCGAGAAGAAGGACGAGUGGAUGCUCAUGCUCAGCAAAGUCAUUGGCAAGCCGGACGGGGGUGCAAGACCCUCCACUUGGACGGAUCUGGUCCUCGUGCGCGAGCGAGCGACGGGCGGCGCAAGAUCGGAGUCUGCGGUCGAUUCGUCGUCGCCGGUCAAGGAGGCCGCAGCGCCGGAAGUCAAAGACUUUGCUGCUUCUCGGCCCCCGACUGCGCAGAAGCAACCUUCCGCCAUCCCGACGAGCAGCAGGAGUGUGCCGACUAGCCCCACCAAGGGUCCGCCUUUACGCAGUGCGCCCAUGCCUCCUGCUGCUGCGGCGCCUGCGACGAGGCCUCGGACGCCACCUAUGAGCGCCAGGAAGGGCCAUCGGUCGAGGGACGCGGUCAAGAGUAUGAUUUUCUAG